UUGGUUACAUGAAUUUUUUCAUCGUGUCGAUAGCCUUCGAUGCUGUGUUGUUUUUACCUUGCAUAUAUCGACAUGUCCUUUCCGGAAUCUAUUGCAAACAAACUUGAGGCCAUAAAGUUAGAUCUCACUGACCUUCGUCGACAGGAUGUGGAUCUAAUGAAGCAGUUAAUUACAAUCAGCGAGACUAUACAAAAGAUGAACAAAGCUAGAUUCCCGCCAAAUAAUCACGUGAUCUCCCGAACCUUUGUCACCAAACUAAACGGAAAGAAAGGCUAUAUAGGUGUAAAUAUUGUCCCACCUGAGGCACUAUCGAGUCCUGAAGCUCCACUUUUGAGGCGUCAAAGUGCUCCUACUUACUCUCCUCAUUACCUGAAGGAUUCGUCUGUUUCAAGUGUAGAAGAUUCCUAUACGUCUGAUGAUGAUGCUGGAACGCCAUUAAACUCUGUCAGUGACGCUAACCAAUUGUCUGGAAACUCGAACAAUUUAGUCCCAGGAAAACAGUACCUGUCGGCACGGAGAUUUUCCGAUAUCGUGACAAAAUAUCCAAACACUCUCUCUAGCAGAGACGUUACAAAUGAUUCUGAAUGUGAGGAAAUUCUUCUACGAAAUAUCAAAUUAUGGAAAGAGGGACGGAUAGAAAAUGAUUCAGUGUUUGUAUGAAUACAACCAGAGUACGUGGUGCAUAGACUUUCUGCUAGUACUCGACAAGAAAAAUGCCUACCGACUGAAAGUGGGUCCACGGGUUUACAAAUGUACGACCAAAGCCUCCAAACUUUCAGUUCAAGAGAAUAUUAACAAUCUUUGGUUUGAUCAUAUGUCACAACAUACGAGAUACAUGAUGAAAUUGACAGAUAGAUCGAACGGAAGAAUGGUUUAGUUUUUUCCUAUAUCUAUUCGUCUCAGUUGGUCCCAUACGCGAGACAUGCCCUACGUAUAAACAAUAUAUGAAACGAUGUGAAUUAUUGAAAAACAGGUUUCUGAAACAAGAAUAUCAGCAGUCUCGUUUUAAAGUUAUCAUUUCGUAAGGUUUAUGGUCGAUGACAUUGUUAGCAAAUAUAAUUUAUCGUUGUCAUAUAUGCUGUCUGAUGUUUUUCUUACAAAUUGUUAGGCCAUUUUAUACACUCUGAAUUGUCGAUGGAUUUUUUCCGUUAUUUCUCGAUCAUAACAAGAAGCACACGGCGGGUAUUACCAGUGGGCAGAGGAUGCUUACUCCUCCAUGGUACCUUAUCCCACCUCUGAGGUUUUUGAUGUCCGUGUUUGCUAUGCUCCUAUUUUGUUUUGUUUAAUGGACUUUUGAGCUUGAAUACUGUUCGUUAUCUCCAUAAAUUUCAUUCUACUGCAUACAUGUAUAGUGAAGAAAACGGAGAGAAGGACAUUGUGAUAUAAAAGGAGGAGUACAGUAACUGCUGAUGCAGACAGAUUGUAAAAGGUGAAAAUAAACAAAUAUUCAUCAAUUUAAAAAAAAAUUUAAACAAUACAAAUACAUGUAUGUAAAGAGGGCAUUAAAUACGGACUAUCAGAGUAAGGGUGAGAUGCUUAGAAGGAGUAAGCAUCAAAUAUUGACCGGUGACACCUGCCGUAGGUACUAUGUAUUGAUCAUGUAAAGGGGAUGUUCAGCAGUCAAAUUUAAU